CAGAACACGGAAGCAAAACACGUUUAUUCAUCCAUGGCAUACGCUCUGUGUUCCUGGGACCGCAGGGUAUUUCUCGUAUUAAAAGAAGUUCAACGAGCCUUUACAAAUGUGCACUGCUCCUGCAGAAGAGCUGGUGAAGCAGUGGGAGAGGUGUCAGUCCUUUGUUCCAGUGAUUGUUCUCUGUGCAGUGAGCAGGCUCGUCUCAGGCAGCAGGUGGUGGAGGAGGAUACUGAGGACUGGCAGAGGAGUCCAGACUUCUCUGGACUGGAGCGCGUCGGAGGAGUCGACCUCUCCUUCAUCAAAGGGGACGAUGUCAAUGCCUGUGCUCAGCUGGUGGUGCUCAGCUACCCUGACCUGGAGCUUCUGUAUGAGGACAGUCAUAUGGUGACUCUCACCGCCCCGUACAUAGCUGGCUUCCUGGCCUUCAGAGAAACUCCCUUCCUCCUGGAGGCUCUGCAGCGGCUGGAGAGGAACCAGCCUGAACUUCUUCCUCAGGUUGUGUUCGUGGAUGGGAACGGUCUCUUUCACUACAGAGAGUUCGGCCUGGCGUGUCAUCUUGGGGUGCUGUCGGGGCUGCCUUCAGUGGGCGUGGCCAAGAACCUGUUGCAGGUACAGGGUGUGGACAAGAGUGAAGCGCAUCAGUCACAGAUAGCUGCUCUGCAGAAAGGAGGAGACAGCUUCCCACUCACAGCCGCCUCAGGCAAAGUGCUUGGAAAGGCACUCCGAAGCUCCAACAAGAGCUCUAAGCCAGUGUACGUGUCAGUCGGCCACAAGAUCUGUUUGGACACAGCCGUACGCCUCACACACUCCUGCUGCCGUUACCGGGUCCCUGAGCCUAUCAGACAGGCUGACUGUCGCUCCAGGGAAUACCUUCGCAUACACUUCCCAGCUGUGGAUACAUGAAUCAAAAAAAUGAGGUUGUCAAAGAUGCAGCAGAAGACCAUAAGAGCCGGGACAAAAGGCAACUACAACACAACCCUCCAAUUAUCUUAGAGUGUGUGUU